AUGAUCUUAUUUGUUUACCAUUUGCAACGACAACUACAACGACAACAAUUACUAUUGAUAGCAUUUUUAUUACAAUUAUUACUUAUGCAACGUAACUUUGACGUAGCGGCACAAUUAAUUACAGUUGCUGAAUUUUCGAUGCGUGUCCCAGGUCGUUGUACGGUUGUUUCUGGUACCAAAAGUAACUCAAAAAUUUUACAACGACAACAAUUUGAUUGUGGUGGUAGCAAAUUACUACCACAACAACAACGUCGUUGCAUUCCACUUCAACAUUUUCAUGAUGGCAUUGUUGAUUGUCCUGAUGGAAGUGAUGAGUUUUGUUUUCCUGGUUACGUCAAAUGUGGAACAUAUUGCGUAUCAUUAAAAUAUGCAGCACAGUGCUUUAUUAAUCCCAGAUGUGAUAAUACGCCAACAUCACCGCAAUUUUGUGAUGUUAUCAAGAAAAAAUUAUGUUCAAUUGAGGGAACAGUGCCUUGCAAAGGUUAUGGUGAAUGUGUGAUGAAAAAAUGGAUCGAAAAUGGUCAAACUAAUUGUAUUGAUAAAUCUGAUCAAGAUCUUGAUUACAUUGCUGUAUUUGGUAUUAAACGUGGUACUAAUCGAUAUCAAAAUUUACAAUUUAUAAGUAAUACAUCGGAUAAUUUGAAUGAUAUGAUGAUUAGCACUCAACAAUUUAUACCAUCUUGGCUUCAAUUUGUUUCCCCAUCACCAUCAUAUCAUGGUUUUAUUGAUCAUACUGAUCAUGGAUCUAUAUCGAUGAUCACAAAUGAUUGGAAGAAUGAUAAUGCAAUCACUCAAUCAACAACUACACAAUUUAUCUUUCAAAUACCAAAUAAUAACAAUGAUAAUAAUGAUAAUAGUAAUAAAAGUUCGAUUGAUCAACAUUUUAAAUUAUCAAAUUUUGAUCCUACAAUAGUUGGAUUUAUCAAUAAAUCAGAAAGUAACAGUAAUAAUUUUAAUUUUACACAAAUAAAUCAUUUGAUGCAAAAAAAUUUGCAAAAUUUUACCACUGGAAUUGAUAAAAAUCAAACAAGUACUAUUCGAAUCAGUAACGAUAAUGGAGAUAAUAAAUUAGGAUAUAAUGGUAUCUUAAAACAGGAUAAUAUCAUUGUAUCAAAUAAUAUUUCAUCAUCAUCAUUAUCACCAUCAUUAUCAUCAUCAUCAUUAUCAUCAUCAUCAUCGCCAUCAUUAUCAUCAUCGUUAUUGCCAUCGUUAUCACCGCCAUUAGCACCAUCGUUAUCAUCAUCAUUAUCAUCAUCGUUAUCACCAUCAUCAUUGUCAUCAAACAAGAUAACGAAUCAAAAUAAUAUGUUCAAUUCUUCUAUAAAAACGAUAUCAAAUAGUGUUGAAAAUAGAGCAAUAAUAUUAAAGGAAUUAGAACAAAUGCAAUCAUCAAAUUUAUCAAAACAACAACGAGAGGAACAGAUUAUCAGUACCUCACAAAAUGAUGAUUUGGCUAAUCUUAUCACCAGUACCAUAACUUAUCACUUAUCACCGGAUCAAAUUGCUUGUGCUCGUUACGAAUAUGCUGAAGCACACCGUUUGGUACCAGAACCAUUAUGCACCUGUCCACCAGGAGAAAUGCCCGGUGGUAAUCAUUCAACAUGUAAAGCAACUAUUAUAUCAACAUUUGGUAUAGAUGUAAGUAAUAUGUGCGGUGGUAUGGAAACUAUUCCGGAAGAGCGAUCACGGCUUGCUAUUUUAGUGUUGAAUCGUACCGGAUUACCAUAUCAGGCCUGCGUCCGGCGUGAUGGUCAUCCGGUUAUGGUGCAACUUGAUUGCUCACAAUGUACUGUUAAAGAAUUUGAUGAUGCUUUUAAACAAAAUUCCAAUGAUCAAUAUGUACCUUUACGUAUAAUGGAACUUUCUGUUGGCGCUUGUUUGACAUCAGCGCUUAAUGAUUGUGAUCCAGAACAUGCUGAUUGUUUAAUGAAUGGUCCUCGAUAUGAAUGUCGCUGUCAUGAUGGUUGGAAUGAUACAUCAAAAAAUUUUGGUAAAGCAGAAGGAAGACGAUGUGAACAAUUAAUUUUACUUGCUGAUGGAUGUAUUUUAUUUUAUGGUUAUUGUUUAUUAUGGUGGCUUCUUUUAUUUGGUAUUAGUUUCAUUUUAUUAUUAUUAUUAUUGUAUUGGUUAGGUUCUAAAUUAUAUAAAUUAUGCAAAAAACGACGAAGACGAAAUGUUAUAGAGGAACAGGGUCAUUUGGUUGCAUCGGAAGUUAGUUCAAUCAAAAAUAGCAAUGCUAAUGAUAAUAAAUUAGCAAUAAUCGAAUCAAUCAAUAUGAAUAAUAAUCCAAAUUCUAUUGAUACAAUUAGUGUAGCAGCAGAUUGUGACGAAAAAUUAGCAACAACAACAACAACAACAACAACAACAACAGCAACAACAAUAAUUGAUAAUAAAUGUAUUACUAAUUCUAUGCAAAAUGAUAAACAAAAUGCAACAAAAAAUGCAGAAAAAAUUUUAAUCAAACAAGAAAGUGUAAAAUCAUUGAAUUUAAUGGAAAAAAAUGAUGAAAAACAACAAACAAAAAUGCAAUCAGAAAAAUUGGAGCAAACUUCUGAUCAAUUAAAAUCUGAAAGAGUGAAAAUUGAACAAAAUGAGCAAAAAUUAUCAAUGAAUCAACAUGCUAAGAUUAAUUCAUCAAUUUUAUCAAAAAAUAAAUUAAUGAGGAAAACGUUAUCAGAUGAUCAAAAUGAAUCAAUCAAUGAAUCAUUGGAAACAUCAAAGAAUGCAACAAUAAAUCAAUCACAAAAAUUUACCGAAUUAACACAAAAUUAUGAUGAUGAAAAAAUGUUGAAAAAUGUUGAAACUAUGGAAGCUACAAAUUCAAAAGUGAUGAAUAUCAGUCAGUCAGUAUCGGAAACAUCACUACGUACAAUGUGGGAAUUAUUUAAGCAGGGCACAUGGAAACAAUCAUCCAGACCUAGUUCUAUCAAAUCUUCAACAUCAUCAUUGGAUCAUCUUAUCGAUGUAUUCUUAUGCCGAAAACGAAACAAGAAAAUUCAUCCGGAUACUAUCACAAUAUCAAAUGAUCCGGAAUAUCCGUUAAAUACUAUUAAAAUAUCAAAUUCUACAAAUGCUGAUACUAUUCCAUCAAUUUCACCACUUUCUCAUCUAUCAAAUUCGGCAUUUACGACAGCUAUCACAUGUUGUAGUAUUAAUACUGCAACAACAACAACAAUAACAACUGCAACAACAACAACAACAAAUGAUUCAAUUAGCUGCUAUUACUCGACUAAUAAUAUGGAGGAGCAAUUAUUUACUGCAACUGGAAAAAAUACAUCGUCAGUACAAUCAAUGAAUCCUACUCCUACUACUACUACUAUCAUAUCAGAUCGAUUAGAAUUUACUAAAGUUGAUCAGCAAUCAAUAUUAAAUGAUGCUAAAAAAGAUUCAAUUGAUAAUGCUACUACAACUAUCAAUGAAAUGACGCAACAAUGUAUGAUUGAUAGAAAUCAGAAAUUAUCAGUGAUUGAACAAAAUGAAAAUAAAAUAAAAGAUGAAAUGGAUACUAAAUUAUCAACAACUACUAUUGUUACCAGUUCAGAUAAACAAUUGAAACAAUGUACCAGCAGUACAGAGCAAUCCAUUUCUAGUAAAACACAAUCUGAGAAUGAUAGCUGUGAUAUGAUAACAAUGAUAAAAAAUGAUAAUGAUGAUGAUGGCGAUGGCGAUGAUAAUUUAAAUGAAAAGAUGCUAUCAACAAAUGAUGAAUUAAGAAAUACAUUAAAAGAGGUAACAUCAACAAAACCACCAAUUAAACGACUCACUGAGAAGCAAAAAGAGAAAUUAAGUGCAUCAUGUGGACAUUUGCAUAUUCAAAGUGAUGAUGAAAUGAAUAGAAAAGGUGAUGGUGGUUCUAUUCGACAAUUUUUAGCAACUGCAAGAAAUGAAUCACGGCGAAAACUUUCAAGUAUAUCAGAAAAAAGCACUGAAAUGAUGAAUGGCGGAAAUCAAUUGAUAUCAGCGCCAAGUAGUAUCAGUUGUCCAACAACUACACGCAGAAGCAAAGAUUAUAGACAACUACCACGUACAUUACAAAGACAUCGUGAUAAUGCUUACGGGGUAUGGAAUUAUUUUUUCGCAGAUUUAAUGGCAUCAUUAACCGAAGAGCCAACAACUAAUAUCAAUGAUUGUGCAAAAACAAUACCAAAUAAUAAUGGUACAACAAUACGAAAUGCUAGCAAUUGGAGUAAAUUAGAGCAGAAUCAAAUUAAUGCUAAACUGAAACAUAAAACUGGUAGUAAUAUAAGUCAACAUUCAAUUGCUAUUACUGAUAAACAACGUCCACCGUGGAAUUUUUCACCAUUAAAAGAUGGUAAUUUGGAUCGUAUUGCGCCACUUCAACCUAUUUUUUCACAUAGCAAUCAGCCGCGCAAAUGGCUUUCAGCAUUACAUCUUAACGACGAUAAAUAUGCUACAGCUUUACAGUCCAGUAGAAGAAAUAUUAGUGAACGUCGACAAAGUGAUUGCAAUUUACGUGAUAUUUCACAUUUACGUAUGACACGUGGAUCACAUUCAGCACGAUUGCAUACACGUUUAACAUCUGCUAAAAUGUCACGAAAUAUCAGUGGCGUAAAAUGGACACCAAAUGAUAUCAAUAAUCAACCAAUAAAAGAACAAUUAUGGUGGGGUAAAUAA